AUGUUCAUCAAGAAUGGAAGUGUUCUGGCGGUAGUCCUGAUGCUGGCGUGCAUCGGUUUAGCGCUAGCGAUAAACGUUGUCCGGGAGGAACAGGCGGUACAUGUAAAGGAAACUGUUUCGAAUGCGGCACCGCAGGCUCGCUUCCUGGAGCCGGCCAACUAUGGCGUGCGCAAGAAGAAGUUCACCAUCGGUACCGGCGGCAUCGGGACAUUCUUCCGCGCCUGGCGCAACUGCAUCGACGAGGACAAAUCGCUGGCAACUACCGAUUCGGAGGAAGAACAACGAGCGAUCGAACGGUUGGUCGGUAAGUGCUAUGGCAAAUUUUUUGACAACUCCGAGUACUGGAUUGCAGCGACGAAUAUUGGUUCACCGGUUCCUGAGCUCACUUGGAUCACAACAGAUUUGAUCGUAAAGACAGCACCCAGCUACUUCGAACAAAUCGAAGCCACGUGUAUUAGCGUUGAUCCCGACGGUGUGUGGAAGAACAAUGAUUGCUACAACACAUCGAUAGUGCUGCCGUAUCUGUGUGAGGAAUACUUUUAA